CAUACCACGUAAUAAAUAUAAACCGUUGAAGAGAGAGAAAGUAGAAAAAAAUUCAAAUUAUUUUCAGAGGCCCGCCAUUUUCAGAGGAGAGAGAAAAUUACAAAAAAACGAAAAUGGAAGAUUUUCCAACUGAACUCGAACUAACAGCUGCUUCUGCUCUUCUCCUUCUCUCUACCAAUUUCUCUCUCCCAAAAACUUCAAUAACAACAACAAAAACAACAACAAAUUCAUUGUUGAAUUUGCAGGAGGAAUCUGCGAAAAAUUAUGAGAGCAAAUUAUGUGAGGUUUCUGUUGAAGUUGAAGAAGAGACGAUUAGCUUGGAGAAGAGUAGUGAUACGACGCCAUGUCGUUCUUCGCUGACGAGCGAUUACUCUGUUUCGACUCAUCGCUUGCAGCUCAUGGCGUCUGCUGUUUCUCGAUACCGUUCGAUGAAGCUUAAGGUAGCUCGGAGAGCUAGGACUAAAGUAAUUUACAGGGGAUACACUGACCAAAAAUCCGCACCAAAAAACUGGGCAAAGCCACAAGCAAAAACCCCAAAUAAGGCAUCAACCUCUCAAGCAAUCACAGAAGGCACCACCACCACUACCACAGAGAGCUCAUGCUUGUCGAGUGGCGGUACGAGCGAGAUAUCGAGCGGAAGGAAUCGGGGAAAGGCGGUGGCAGCUGCCGUGGUGGUGGAGCAGAAGAGAAGAAGAGAUACAGGACCAACAUACAUAAGCCGCAGAGCAGAAGCAAUUCUAAGGUUAUUGUCAUGUAAGGGGUGUGCUUCUGAAGUCCGCAUCAGGCAGCUUCUUGGUGAUAGCCCUGACACCAGUAAAGCUCUCAGAAUGUUGUUGAGGAUGGAAGAAGUUAAGCGAAGUGGGGCAGGAGGCCGGAUUGACCCGUUUAUUUACACGGUAAUUUUUCUUUAAUCCUUCAGCUCUUGUUAAUUAUUUGGGACAAAAUACAAUU